AGGCUGGCAGCUGUAACUCUGAUUCAUCCCCUAGCCUGGGAACUUCCAUAUGUUGUGGGUGCAGCCCUAAAAAGCAGGAAAAAAAAAAGAAAAAUGAAUUCUCACUCUCAAGAUAGCAGAAAUAGGUAAGUCUCAAACGACCAUCACAAAAAGACAGUCAAGGACUGGAUGUCACAGUCUUUUGCCAAGAAUUAGCAUGUUUCAGGACUAAAUAAGGAAACAGAAGAAAUUCCGAUUUUGCUGCUUGUGAAAUUUACGAAGUCUAUGGAAUACCCCCAUUGGGUGUCCGAUUCCUUAUCUGUAAAAUGAAGGCUGCAGUUAAUUGCCUCCAAGAUUUGUCAGCCCCCAGUUGCAAAGCUUGACAGGGAAGGAGGUUAAAGUUAGGAUAACCUGGCUGAGGAGGAAAAGAGCCCAGCUGCUCCCACCCCAGCACUGACGUCCCCGCCGCCCUUGGUCUCCUUAGGAGGAUCUCAGCCUUAUGCUUUCACAUCUGGCCUCAUGCUUUUCUGCCCCUUCCCUGAAAUGCCUAGAAAUACCGAGCACUUGCUCUGACCCGAGCGCUGUUGCAGGGCCUGAGGCUUCAGCAGUCAGCAGGACAAGGCAUCUACUCUGCAGACCUGACCCACACGGCAGCUGGACACUGAGCAGUUCUGGAGCCUGGAGUCUGAGAUCACAGUUCCAGUCUGGUUGAGUUUUGAUCUGAAUUCCUUCUGAAAGCCUAGGCAGGAGGAUGAUACAGUCAGACAAAGGAGCAGAUCCGCUGAGCAAAAAGGACCAGAAGGACAAGAAGCUUUCUACAGCAACCAAUCCAGAGAGUGGUAUCUCCCAGAUCCUGCGGCUUGUGCUGCAAGAGCUGAAUCUGUUCUACAGCCGAGACGUGAAUGGAGUGUGCCUCCUGUAUGACCUCCUCCACUGCCCCUGGCUGCAGGCUCUGCUCAAGGUUUAUGACUCUCUCCAGGAUUUCAAAGAAAAGCAGCUCAUUCCUGCCACACCCCAUGCGCAGGCCUUAUCCAACGAGGUACUGAAGAUAUUAUGCGAAACCCCCAAGUCCCCUGAGAUCCAAGAGCUGAGACAGAUCCUUCAGUCUCCACACUUUAAGGCCUUGCUCAGUGCCCAUGACACUGUGGCUCAGAAAGACUUCGAACCCCUUCUUCCCCCCCUGCCAGACAAUAUCCCUGAGAGUGAGGAAGCAAUGAGGAUUGUGUGUUUGGUGAAAAACCAACAGCCCCUGGGAGCUACCAUCAAGCGCCACGAGAUGACAGGGGACAUCCUGGUGGCCAGAGUCAUCCACGGCGGGCUGGUCGAGAGGAGUGGGUUGUUAUAUGCUGGAGACAAACUGGUGGAAGUAAAUGGAAUUUCCGUUGAAGGACUGGACCCUGAGCAAGUGAUCCAUAUUUUGGCCAUGUCUCGUGGCACAAUCAUGUUCAAGGUGGUUCCAGUUUUGGACCCUCCUGUUAAUAGCCAUAAGAUGGUGUACGUUCGUGCCAUGACUGAGUACUGGCCCCAGGAGGAUCCCGCCAUCCCCUGCAUGGAUGCUGGGCUGCCUUUCCAGAAAGGGGACAUCCUCCAGAUUGUGGACCAGAAUGAUGCCCUCUGGUGGCAGGCCCGGAAAAUCUCAGACCUCGGUACCUGUGCUGGCCUAAUCCCUUCUAACCACCUUCUGAAGAGGAAGCAACGGGAGUUCUGGUGGUCUCAGCCAUACCAGCCUCACAACCACCUGAAAUCCGCCAUAUCAAUUUCUAUGGAAGAAGAAGAUGACAUGAAGAUUGACGAGAAAUGUGUGGAAGCAGAUGAAGAAACAUUUGAAUCUGAAGAACUUUCAGAAGACAAGGAGGAAUUUGUCGGCUGUGGUCAGAAGUUCUAUAUUGCUGGUUUCCGCCGCAGCAUGCGCCUCUGCCGCCGCAAGUCCCACCUCAGCCAGCUGCGCGCCAAAGUGAGCGGUGCCAGCAACUGCUAUGGCGCAGUGGGCGCCCCAUACGAAGAGGUGGUGAGGUACCAGCGCCACCCUGCAGACAAGCACCGCCUCAUCGUGCUCGUGGGACCUUCCGGUGUCGGAGUAAAUGAACUGAGAAGACAACUUAUUGAACUUAAUCCUAACCGUUUUCAAAGCGCUGUGCCACAUACUACUCGUUCCAAAAAGAGUUACGAAAUGGAUGGUCGUGAAUAUCACUAUGUGUCAAAGGAAACAUUUGAAAGUCUCAUGUACAGUCACAGGAUGCUCGAGUAUGGUGAGUACAAAGGCCACCUGUAUGGCACCAGUGUGGAUGCUGUUCAAGCAGUCCUUGAUGAAGGCAAGAUCUGUGUCAUGGACUUAGAGCCACAGGGUAUUCAAGUGGCUCGAACCCAGGAAUUGAAGCCCUAUGUCAUAUUUAUAAAGCCAUCUAGCAUGAGUUGUAUGAAGCGAUCUCGGAAAAAUGCCAAGAUCAUUACAGACUACUUUGUGGACAUGAAGUUCAAGGAGGAAGAUCUACAAGAGAUGGAGGAUUUAGCCCAGAAAAUGGAGUCUCAAUUUGGCCAGUUUUUUGAUCACGUGAUUGUGAAUGACAACUUGCAAGAUGCAUGUGCUCAAUUGCUGUCUGCAGUUCAGAAGGCUCAGGAGGAGCCUCAGUGGGUACCAGCAACAUGGGUUUCCUCUGAUAACUGAGUCUUAAGGAGACCUGCUUCAUACUGGAAUUUUAAACAAUGUUCACUUGUUAAAGAGAGCUGGAAAAAUAGCUGUAAUUUAAAACAGUAGUAUUGUACUAUUUGCCCUAUUAUAAUGUGUGCAACUUCAAA